UCAAAUUUAUCAGCAAAACUCAAAAUAAAACCAAAUUUUAAUUUUACCAAAUUUAUAAAUAAAGUUUUGAGUAUUUCAAUAUCACUUUAUUUACAGUAAGGUAACUAUUCAAACAUGUGGGUAUAUGGCUAUGGGUCUCUCAUAUGGAAGGUGGAUUUCCCAUACGAAACGAAACUUGUAGGUUAUAUAAAAGGUUACCUUCGAAGAUUCUAUCAGCACAGCAUCGAUCACCGAGGAGUACCGGAAAAACCCGGCCGAGUAGUCACUCUUAUACCAAGUGAUAAACUAGAUAGCCAAGUAUGGGGAGUAGCAUACAAGAUACGGGAAGAAGACAUAAAGAAGGUGACUGAACAUUUGGACUUCAGAGAAAAAAAUGGCUAUAGUAAAAAAACUGUAACAUUCUAUCCAAGAGACAUACAGAAUCAACCAUUUGAGAUUACGCUAUAUUUGGCUACAGAAGAGAAUGAAUCAUAUGCUGGACCAAAACCUAUAGAAGAAAUAGCAGACCAAGUAGUGUCCUGUGUGGGGCCAAGUGGGAGCAACAAAGAGUAUGUCUACAACCUAGCGGAUGCUAUGAGGCAACUGGUGCCUGAAGUGAAAGAUGAUCACCUGUUUGAACUGGAAGCGGCUGUGAAAAAAGUAGAUCCAGAUCUUAAAAGGUGCUGAUGAAUACGAUACUUGUAGUGAAUUAGAUAAUUUGCUAACAUUCCUAAAUUCUUUUACGUAACUGUAAAGUGCUAUGGAAAUGAUUAAAGAUAAAAGGGUUAUGUGGUAUAUGUUUAGUAGCUUAUGGUGUAGAGUAGAUUAUGACUAUUAUUUGAAAUAAUGCGCAUUUGUUCUCUAGAAGAUUUGUUUUAGAUAUUAUUUUAAUUUAAGUUAUUUAUUUAAGUAUAAGUACUUCAGAUAUACAUUUUGUGAUUGUUAACACUGCAAGCUCUAAGAGCUUUGUUAUUUAAGUAUGUAUUGUUACCAUUAUUAUAAUUAAAUUUAUAUUAAAUAAAUUGAAUGAGCUUAAAGAAGCUAGACACGUUCCUACUGUAAAAAUAUAAUCAGGUAAUUGAAAUACAACACUUAUCUAUAAAAUAUUUUAUUAUUAUUAUUACCUUGUUCAAUACUUUUUACAAAAUCAUAAAAAUAUACUUAUUAAAAUUAUUAUACAUUUUGAAAAGCGCCAUGCAGGAAUGACUUUUAGUUAAAUAGUUACUUAAGAUUUUAAUUUACACCAACUGUACCCAUAAUGGAAUAAAGUAGUAAAGAUAAUUAUAUAGGCAAGUAAGUAUUACGCACAUCAGUGGAUAGUCAUACGCCUGGAUACGUAUAGAGUUAGGUACAUACAUAAUGAAUAGCUGGUCUAACAUAGCACUUAUGUGAGUAGAUAAAUGUACAGCAUUCACUAUAAUUUUAUUUAGUUGCGACACCUACACAAGUACUUAGAAUUUUGAUGAUAUGGAGUGUCACAUGGCACUUACGUUUUAUCAUACAGAGAUAACCUACACUGCAUUAAGAUAAUAAAAAAGUGACAAAAGGAAGUCGAAACCUAAUAAUUACUAUAAAUAUAUAAAUUACCCACUAAAUAACUUAUCGAAUAAAAACCGAAAAGAAUAAAUAUUAAAAGAUUACUGCAACUGGCGUCAUAUCUCACAACCUUGAUGUAAUCUUUGGUAGCUUUUAACAUCGAUAAGUUUCCAUUCGCCAUCGUAUCACUGACUCCUGAUAUCUUUUUUUCUGCCUAGAAGUUUGUCGAUGAAACUCCGCUUCCUUUUGACUUUUUUCUUGUCG